AUGUCAAAUAUAAACAUUAGUGGCUUAAUUGACGACGCUGUCCCUUUUCCUCAGGGUAAUUUUGUUCAAGCAGUACGAACCUCAUGUCAUGCCUGUCGAGAACGAAGUCGCAUUUUGAUAAAUGAGGAUGCGAUAAGAGAUUUUAUUCAAAAUAUCGACAUUAGCCAUUUUCAAAAACUUUCAAAGAGCGAUGGAUUACAGAUGCCGCUAAAAUUCGAUACUUUAGAGCAAGAACUAAACAUUAUUGGAUUAAUUGGUUUAUUGAAUUUUGGAAGCGGAUUUCGUAAAGAAUUGCAUGAAGAAUGUGGCAGGGGUGCUUUUAAUACGAUCCGUUAUGGAGUUAUGUCCAUUCAUAUCACAUCAUCUCCAUUAUCUGCACACGCAUUACGUUCAUUGACACUUUCUGAAGUAUCUUCCUUCUUUCAGAUACCAUUGCAAGUCGAAAUUGUCCAUCCGACAAUCGAAGCAAUCAAGGUUUCUGAGCCUUCAAAAUCACGAGCUUUAGUGGAAUUAAUCACAUGGACUUUAAAUGACACAGGAAGAAUACUGGAAGAAAACGGGUACAAAAAUUUUGCAGCUUUCAUAUUGGAAGCUGCUAAACCUGAGAAACCAAAUGAAAAGUCUAAAGCCUCUAGAUUUUUAGUUCGAGCUUUUCCAGCUUUUCGAGACAUAACAAAAGUCGAUGGAGAACCGGUGUACAUAUUUAAAAAAGCACAACUCCUCGCCGCUAAUCUCUAUCGCCAUUUCCAUUCAAAUGUUAAUUCCCAAACGACUAAUUUUGACUUUUCUGACAUAUCUGAUCUUACUCUAUGUGCUGAUAAUAUUAUACCGACUAUGCUAAAUCAUUUUAACGUAAUUAAUUUAACAUCAUCACUUAAAAAAUAUUUUGAUGAUGGGAAAGAAAUCACAAAUAUACAAGAUGCAUCUCGUUUACGUGCUGCUGCCGUUGACGCUUGUGAAAUCAUUGUAUCACGAGCCAAAGAAUUAGGGAGGAAUGAAAUUAAUUUAAUGGAUUUGAACGAAUAUAUUUGGAGAUUAGGAAAAGAAGAGAAUUAUAGAAAAUUAGAAAGAUUUGCCUUUCGGAAUACUCUAUUCUUGUAA